AUGACAACAAUUCCUUCACCCACCGACGUGGGCGCACUGGCAAACCGCAUCAAUUUCCACACUCGAGACCAGCACAACAAGAUUGACAAGCAGAUGAGCGCGAAGUUUGCCUUCGCAAUGAAACACGGCUUUAUCUACCGCCAGGGCGUUCUGGCGUUCUUCUACGUAUUCCAGGCAAUAGAGCAGGAGCUGGACCGGCUGCGGCAGGAGGCUCAAACACCAGAAGAGGAGCAAACGCGCGACAUUCUGAACCAAUUCUGGACCGAAGAGUUCCGCCGAGCGCCACGGAUCCUGCAGGAUCUCGAACUCCUCUACGCAAAAGAAUUCCCCACCAGCGCGAGCCUGAGGACUUUCCUGGAGGAGACCACAUUAGCACCUGAGCUGCAGGGAUUUGUCGACUACGUACACGCCAGUAUAAGGUCGCGUCCCACUGCAAUCUUGGCGUACUGCCACGUGCUGUACUUAGCGCUCUUCGCUGGCGGCCGUGUUAUGCGCUCAACAAUCUACCGGUCAACGGGGCUUUUCCCCAAAUUUCCCAAUUUGACCACCGAGGAGGUCGUUCGCCGCGGAACCAACUUCUUUACUUUUAGUGACGCCGGCGUCCAAGCUGAGAACCAGCUGCGCAAGAACUACAAGCGCGGGUACGAGCUGGCUACACGCCAGGGCCUCACAGAGGAGCAAAAGCUCAACAUUCUGGACGUCUCAAACGCCAUUUUUGAGUGGAACACCCGCGUGGUAACCGAGAUUGGCGAGAUCAAUCGCCAGGAGCUGAUGGGUAAGCUCAGCUUCCGUCUGCUCACUUUUGUGAUCGAGGAAUGGCAAUACUCCGAUAAAUUGACGCGCAAGCAAAAGAGUCUCGUGCUGGCCACGGGUGUGGUGUUACAAAUCCUGAUGAUGUACUGGGUGUUGCGCAAGUUUUUUUAG